UGUGUGUAUUUUACGUAUAUGGUUUGUAGGAGGCAGAAGAGUGGCCAUGUCUGCGAUGUUCAGGUGGAGAUCCAAGAUUCUUAGUAAGCAUAUCAUAGCUUAUAGAACAAUCACUUUUUCAUCAUCGUCAUCAAACUACCACCACCAUAGAGCACUAAACUUCCUCACACCACUGCGUCAAUCAAACUAUUUCAAUUUUGGAUGUUUAGGGUUUCAACAAAAUCGCCAUAAAUGGGAAGGAAGUUCCAACAAGUAUGAUCAUAUUAAAGCCCAAGUUAACUGCCCUAGAUGUUCCCAGCUGAUGACCCUACUUUUUUCAAACCGUCCGCUAUCAAUCUCUUCCGAUACUGGCAUUUACCAUGCCCUUAACAUGUGCCCUAGCUGCAGAACUGCUUAUUAUUUCAGGCCGUUCAAGUUGGAGCCUCUUCUUCAGGGGAGUUUUAUUGAGAUUGGAAGGGUUAGAGCGGUAAAGGAAGGUGAGGUGGGGACUAUUGCUGCUGAUAAUGACGAAAACACAAAAGUAGGGGUUAAAAUAUGGGAGAAGUUAAGGUCGUAUGGUGGGGAUGCGGUGGAUGGUUCAAUGGUGGAUGCUGCUGGUGGGGUGAUGGAGGAGCAGGUGAAGCGUGGAGAGUGUGGUGGCGAUGAACAGGGUAAAAAUGGGUGGUGGGGUGGAUCAAAGUUAGGAAUAGGUUUGCCCACACCCAAGGAGAUAUGCAGAGGCCUUAACGAGUUUGUAAUUGGGCAGGAACAGGCAAAAAAGGUGCUUUCAGUUGCUGUUUACAACCACUACAAGAGAAUUUAUCAUUCUUCUAUGCAUAAAAAUGAUUGUGGUAUCAGUUCUGAUACCCCAUCAGGUUGUCAAGGAACUGAAAACCAAGAUGUUGAUUAUGUUGAAUUAGAGAAAAGCAAUGUUCUUUUAAUGGGUCCAACUGGCUCAGGGAAGACAUUACUUGCGAAGACCUUAGCUCGGGUUGUGAAUGUGCCUUUUGUCAUUGCUGAUGCAACUUCAUUGACACAGGCAGGUUAUGUUGGAGAAGAUGUGGAGUCAAUACUAUAUAAGCUCCUCGUGGCUGCUGACUUUGACGUCGAAGCGGCUCAGCAGGGAAUUGUUUACAUAGAUGAAGUUGAUAAGAUAACUAAAAAGGCUGAAAGUUUAAGUACAGGUAGAGAUGUAUCUGGAGAGGGUGUUCAACAAGCAUUGCUUAAAAUGCUUGAAGGAACUAUUGUGAAUGUUCCUGAUAGUCGAGCUCGAAAGCAGCCUCAUGGUGAAGGCAUUCAGGUAGAUACAAAAGAUAUCCUUUUUAUAUGUGGUGGGGCCUUUGUUGAUCUUGAGAAAACCAUUUCCGAGAGACGACGAGAUUCAUCUAUUGGCUUUGGUGCACCCGUGAGGGCUAAUAUGAGAGUUGGUGGAUUAACUAAUGCUGUGGUUACAUCUUCACUGUUAGAAUCUGUAGAAAGUGGUGAUCUUGUUGCAUAUGGCUUAAUACCUGAGUUUAUUGGUCGAUUUCCUAUUCUAGUGAGUUCAUCUGCUCUAGAUGAGGACCAACUUCUUCAGGUCUUAACGGUACCUAAAAAUGCUCUUGGGAAGCAGUAUAAGAGAAUGUUUGCCAUGAACAACGUCAAGUUACAUUUUACUGAUACUGCAUUAAGAUUGAUUGCAAAGAAAGCAAUUGCUAAGAACACCGGUGCUCGAGGUCUAAGAGCCAUUCUAGAAGAUGUUCUCGUGGAUUCAAUGUUUGAGGUUCCAAAUCCUCCGGAGAAAGGAAUGGAUUCAGUUGAUGCAGUGGUGGUUGAUGAAGAGGCGAUAGGAUCAGUAGAGAAACCGGGGAGUGGUGCAAAGAUUCUUCAUGGAAAUGGUGCAUUACAAAGAUAUCUCUCAACAGAUCCACUGGAAGCAAGACAAGUGAAGAAGAAGAAGGAUGGUUUUGAAUUGGAGGUUGCCAUGAGUUUGUAAAAGCAUCGCCAUCAUCAUCAUCAUGGGUUUGUAUGUAUGUACAUCUUGAAACCAAAUGCUUGAUUUGUUAUCAAUUAGMUCUAGUGUUUCUUUUAAC